AUGACCGACAAACUCCCCCAUCAGCUGCUCGCGCUCUUCGCGCCACGGCCGCCUCUGCGCUGGGUGCCGCCUGUCGACCACGCGCCUGAAGAGCGUCGCACGGCUCCCGUGUCUGGCCUGGCCCAGUUCCUCCCGGCACUGAAGGAAUACAAGGACAACGAUGGCUUUGUGCCGACAGAGAGCUGGCUGCAGCGGCGCGACCGCAAGGUGGCCGAUCACAAGGCAGAGGUGGAAAAGCGCCUGAUCGAAGGUCCUAAAGCUUUCAAACCGUCUGAAGACCCCAACAUUCGUGGCGACGCGUUCAAGACGUUGAUCGUUGCACGGCUGAGCUACGAGGCCGACGAGCAGGACCUGGAGCGCGAGUUUUCCCGCUAUGGACCCAUUGAACGGAUUCGCAUUGUAAAGGAUACCCAUGCCGACGAAAAGGGCAACAAGAAGCGUAAACCCCACCGUGGUUACGCAUUCGUCGUAUUCGAGCGCGAAAAAGACAUGAGAGAAGCUUUUCCCUUCUUCUUUCCCGUUUCCCCUUCCUUCCCCGAGAAAGGAGCCCUCGACGCCUGUGACGGUAUUCGCAUUAAAGACCGCCGCAUCAAGGUUGACGUCGAGCGUGGCCGCACCAUGAAGGAGUGGAAACCACGGCGUCUCGGCGGCGGCUUGGGCGGGCGUGGCUACACAAAGGCAGCUGCCUCAGGCCCGCCCACCGGCCGUGGAGGAUUCCCAGGCCGUGACGGCGGCGGUGGGUUCCGUGGUGGCGGAUUCCGCGGCGGUGGAGGAUUUGGUGGUGGCCGGGACCGUGAUCGCAACGGUGGCGGGUUCAGAGGUGGUGACGGGGGCCGAAGCGGCCGUGGCUUUGACCGUGGGUUUGGCGGCUCUCGUGGUGGUGACCGUGCCUUUGGUGAUGGCCCAGGCGGCGGCCGGCCCGAGCGCCGCGGCCUCGGAGCCAACGGUGGUGGGUAUGAUUCGCGGGACGGCGGAAGCCGCUCUUCCUUCGACGACCGGCCCAGCGGCUACCGCGAGCGCGACUACGACCGAGGCGACCGAGAACGCGAUCGGGAUCGUGACCGGCGUGGCGGCGACCGCGAUCGCGAUGGAGGACGGCGCACUGGCAGCAACAUGGAGCCGGUACGACCUAGGGACCGGGAUCGGGAUCGGGAUCGGGACCGUGGUGAUCGUGCCGAUCGGAGCGAUCGAGACCGUGACCGUGGCGACCGGGAUCGUGAGUCUGGUGGGUAUCGUGACCACGGCAGCCGCGACUACGACCGGCAACCGCGCGGCGACGACGACUCGCGGAAACGCGGCUUCGACGGACCCUCACACGAAGAAACAAGGAAACUGCGCCGGUACCAGUAA